AUGAAUGUGGAUACAUUGAAGGUAAGGCGAAGGACAUUAAAGGCUGCUUGCACACGCAUAAAGGGGUAUGUCGAUACGCCGAGAGACACCUCGGACAUAACCAACGAGGUUAUCGAACAGUUAAAACUUCGCAAGGACAAGUUAGAGGGUUACUGGCUUGAAUACGAUGAUAUUCAGUCGCAAAUCGAAUCGUUAGAACCAAACGUAGAGAGUAAUGAUCGCGAUGUCUUUGAGGCGGCCUAUUACGACUUAAGGGCACGAAUGCAACGGUUAAUAGAAAGCGCAGGCUCAACGCAAAUUACUCCGUCCAACGCAGCAGCCUUGAAUGUUAAUACGCCACAGCUAGAAAACAGUAGUUCACACAUACGUCUCCCCAAGUUAAACUUGCCGGUCUUCUCCGGAAAAUAUCAAGAAUGGACUCCUUUUGCGCAAAUGUUUCAGGCAAUAAUUACGAGUAAUGCGAAGCUGAAGAACAUAGAGAAAUUUCAAUAUUUGCGGUCUUCCCUAUCUGGCGACGCAGCCGAGGCGAUCGAAUCACUGGAGCUGUCCGAACAGAACUUUCAAGUCGCAUGGGAUAUAUUAGAGAAGCGUUACGAUAAGCUGCGGGUAAUAGUACAAACACACAUUCAGGCGAUAUUAGAGAUUCCAUGUAUUAAGAAAGAAAACUAUAACGAAUUGCGACAAUUGAUCAAUGUAACAACGAAAAAUAUUAACGCGUUAAAGGCUCUUAAACGACCAGUCGAUAACUGGAACGAUUUAAUUGUACACAUUUUGACGAACAAGCUAGAUCCCGUGACCUUCCGGGAUUGGGAAGAUACGCUGUCGGGUAACGAACUGCCGAGUCUAGAUCAGCUAGCGGAAUUUUUAAUGAAAAAGUGUCAAACACUAGAGUCAAUAAUUAAUAAGGAAAACGCAUCCAUAGCAUCCAACAAAUUGAAUUCCUCAACUUCGCGCAAAACGGCUAUAAAUUGCGUCGCGUCGGUGACUUCGAAAUGCGCUUAUUGUAAUGGGGAGCAUCCAAUCUACUUCUGUCCCUCUUUUACUAAACUGCCAGCGGGGCAGCGAUUUAUCGAAAUAAAAAAGCGAAGGCUAUGCACCAACUGUCUGAAGUCGAAGUCUCAUCAAUCAAGACAAUGCACAUCCAGCAGCUGCAAGACGUGUGGGCUAAAGCACAACACGCUUCUCCAUCUAGAUAAGCUAGGCAGUACGCCUUCUGGAUCGGGAGAGGCACAAACUACGCGAGAAACGAAGGAACCGCCCAGUUCGACCGCCGUGGUAACUCACAAUCUAAGUAAGUCGGAUGACAAUUACGUAUUGUUGUCUACUGCAUUAGUCGACGUUUUUGAUAACGAAAGUAACAAACAACCGUGCCGAGUAUUGCUCGAUAGUGGAUCGCAAGCGAAUUUAAUUACGCGGGAAUUGGUGUCGUCCUUACGAAUACCUACCAAGCGACACAACAUGUCUAUUGUAGGAGUCAACCAAGUAACAACGAAUUCAAACGAAAUCGUAACAGUCAAGAUUAAAUCCCGAUACAAUAACUUUCAAGCGGUCAUUCAGUGCUUAGUGACGGAUCAAAUAACAGAUUCGAUUCCGCGGUUUCGCAUAAAUAAAGGAGCGAUAAACAUUCCAAGAAAUAUACAGUUAGCAGAUCCCCGUUUCAAUAUUCCGUCGCAAGUGCAAAUGUUAAUAGGCGCGGGCAUAUUUUGGCAGUUACUGUGCGUGGGGCAAAUAAGGCCAUCUAUCAAGAGCCCUACUAUUCAAAAGACACAAUUAGGCUGGAUAGUAGCGGGUGGGCUCGGCGGUGGCUAUCAACGCAAGGGAAGGGCAGCGGCUUCUUCCGUGAAUGUCAUGUUGCUGGAUACCGAUUAUUCUAGAAUGAAUCUUGACAGCGCAUUAACCAAAUUCUGGCAACUCGACAGCGAACCCACGAAUCAAACCCCUAUGUCACCCAUCGAACGCAGGUGCGAAGAACAUUUUUCGCGCACAGUCAGGCGGAACGAGCAAGGACGCUUUAUCGUCUCGUUGCCGAUAAGGCCCAAUGGAAUGCAGCAGCUCGGCGAGUCACGGCAGACGGCAUUGGCAAGAUUCAGCAAGUUGGAAAGGCGUUUCAAGCACAACGAACAGCUAAGGAGCGACUAUUCACGAUUCAUGAGGGAAUACCUAGCUCUGAAUCACAUGCGAGCAGUCAACGAUUCUGAAGUAGAAAAUUCGAAGAUUGAGUACUAUUUGCCCCAUCAUGCUGUGAUUAAGGAAACCAGUAGCACCACAAAACUGAGGGUGGUUUUCGACGGAUCCUGCAAAUCGGAUUCCGGAUUCUCGCUCAACGACUUGUUAUUAGUAGGGCCGGUUGUACAACCGGAUUUGAUUACAAUAUUGUUAAAUUUCCGCAAAUUCCGAUAUGUCUUUACAGCAGACAUUGUAAAGAUGUACCGGCAGAUUUUGGUCGACGAUACUCAAAAAUCUCUACAGCGCAUCGUAUGGAGAUUUAACGACAGCGAGCCUAUUGCCACGUACGAAUUAUCAACAUUAACGUAUGGACUUUCGAAUUCAUCAUAUUUGGCCACACGCUGUCUCACGCAUUUGGCUGAAAUCAACCAAGACAGUUCUCCCCUAGGAGCGGAGGUACUGGAAAAUCAUACUUACGUGGACGACGUGUUAUCGGGAGGCGAUUCCAUAGAGGAGGCGAUCAAAAGAAGAGAUCAAGUGAUAGCUAUUUUGGAGUCGGGUCAAUUUGCUUUAAGCAAAUGGUCUGCAAAUCAUCCUCAGCUGUUAAGCGAGUUGUCGCAGCCAUCCUCACCAUUGGACAAUGUCACAAUUGACAAGAACUCAGAAUCUCGGAUACUCGGUAUGCAGUGGGAUUCUUCAGAAGAUGCAUUCAAGUUCACAAUCAACGUCAACACAACAAACUACAAGAUUACCAAGAGGACAAUGCUUGCCGAAAUUUCUCAAUUAUUUGAUCCGUUGGGUCUCUUAGGUCCUGUUAUACUUACAGCAAAACUUCUAAUCCAGGAGUUAUGGAAAAAUCAAAUAGAUUGGGACUCAGCCGUCCCUAUGAAUAUACACACGCAGUGGAAACAAUUCAAGUCGCAGCUGCCCAGCAUAAACGAGCUGAAGAUUGGAAGGUUCAUCUUUUCUGAAGCAAAUGCGGAAGAAAUACAAUUACAUGGAUUUGCGGAUGCCAGUCAAUCAGCGUAUGGCGCGUGUUGCUAUGUUAGGACUCGAAACAUAGCUGGAAAUUACGAAACUAAGCUAUUGAUAUCAAAAUCAAGAGUGGCUCCGAUGAAGGCGGUCUCGCUUCCCCGCCUUGAGCUUUGUGCGGCAGUAUUGUUGGCUCGAUUACAAGAAAAGGUGAUCAAGUCCAUAAAAAUUCCAAACAUCAAGAAGUUCCUAUGGACUGACUCGAUGAUAGCAUUGUCCUGGAUAAGGGCCUUCUCGCGCAAAUGGGAAACAUUCAUAGCCAACCGAGUUGGCGAAAUUCAAAGAUUGACAGAAGUGGAAGAUUGGAGGCAUAUAGAUACCAAAUCAAAUCCCGCGGAUAUAAUUUCUCGGGGGGCAGGCCCUUCGGAAGUUAUUAAUUUAGCGCUUUGGUGGGAAGGGCCUGGUUGGCUAAAGUUAGACGAGGAGGAUUGGCCCAAAUCGUCAGUUCAGAGUAAUGCAUUACCGGAACUACUAGCGAAUACCGUUGUAAUAAAAUCGGAAUCAUCAAUGUUGGAUGCCUUGAUUGCCAAAUAUUCAAAAAUUCAGAAGUUAGUACGAGUGGUAGCGUAUAUGUUUCGAUUUAUUAAUAAUUGUAAGGCCACACGCAAGAAUAAAAGUAGGAAUGCGACAAUAACAUCGAAGGAAUAUGAAGCAGCGUUACAUUUUUUAUGCAAAUUCGUGCAGCGGCAGGAAUUUGGCAGCGAUAUAAGGCAGCUAGAAAAGUCGAAAUCUCUACCUACUAACAGCAGGUUAUUGCCAUUAAAUCCGUUUCUCGACGACGAACAUAUACUACGGGUAGGCGGGCGUUUGAAGAACGCGAAUUUAGCAUACGAAUCAAAACAUCCAUUAUUGUUGCCUAAGAAUCACGCGAUUACAAGACUCAUUAUCCGAAACGAACAUGUUAGGAAUAUGCAUGCCGGAGUUCAAGCGACUCUAUACGCAGUUAGAAGUCAGUUCUGGCCUAUAGCGGCAAAGGCCACCACCCGAGAUGUCAUAAACAAAUGCACAGUAUGUUGGAAGGCUAAGCCUUCUGUGCCUGAAGCUACUAUGAGCGAUCUCCCCAAAUCGCGAGUUCAAAUAUCAAGGCCAUUCACGCAUUGCGGAGUCGAUUUCGGAGGUCCGUUCCUCAUUAGAGAGCAUAAGAGGCGUAAUGCGAAAUUAAGCAAGGCGUAUAUUUGUAUCUUUGUUUGCUUCGCCACUAAGGCGGUGCAUAUAGAGUUAGUUGCCGAUUUGUCUUCUGAGUCCUUUAUGGGAGCUCUUAAGCGAUUCAUAGCGAGAAGGGGCAAGGUCGCGUGUAUGCACUCCGACAACGGAACCAAUUUCGUGGGAGCCGCUAGGGAGCUUAACGAAUUACACGAUUUCCUUAUCAAGGAACAGAUACAGCAUAAGAUAAACGAAUUUUUUGUCGAGCAUAGAAUAGAAUGGAGAAAUAUUCCACCAAACGCGCCCCAUUUCGGGGGACUUUGGGAGGCCGCCAUAAAGUCGGCGAAAUAUCAUAUGAAAAGGAUAAUUGGGGAUGCAGCAUUGAAUUAUGACGAAAUGACGACGGUACUCGCGGAAAUCGAGGCUAUAUUGAAUUCCCGUCCCAUCAGUCAAUUAUCGAACGAUCCGAACGACCUGCGCCCAUUGACUCCCGGUCAUUUUUUGAUAGGAGAUGCGUUAAACAGUUAUGCUCACCCGGAUAUUACUCUUACCAAAAUCAAUCGUCUUUCGCGUUGGCAAAGGGUCGAGCAAUUGAGACAGCAUUUUUGGCAGAGGUGGAGCAUUGAGUAUCUAAACCAAUUGCAGGGUAGAUCAAAGUGGAGAAUGAAUAAAGGGGAAAAAAUCAAGGCUGGACAAGUAGUUUUGAUUCAAAAACCGGGUUUGGCGCCAUUUCAAUGGUUGUUAGGCCGCAUCGAAAGUGUUAACGAGAGUGUCGAUGGCAUCGUCCGAUCGGCAGUCAUUAAAACUAAUCACGGAUUAAUUACUCGACCCUUGACCAAGUUAUCUGUGUUGCCAACCGAUCCAAAUACAUAA